AUGGCCGAUGACACCAAGGCAAGAACCGGAGGCUGGACCCACGAGGAAAAGUACUCGAUGCUCCUUCAAAUAAUCAAACAGACUGGUGGUGAGAAAAUGACUCCAAAGUUCAGUCAAAUUGUUCUCCCAGGUCGUACUCCAAAAGCGAUGACCCAUGUUUGGGCGAAGAUCAAAGCAGAAGUUGCUGCAAGUGGUGGGGGUGCUGCCAGCGAAAACGAUCCUGCUACCUCAGUUAAAGCAGCCCCACGCAAGCGUGCCACCAAAGGUACCGCCGCCGCUGACGAGUCUCCAACCAAAAAGGCCAAAGGCACACCCCGCAAGAAGAAGGCGGCUGAGCCUGAGCAAGACGAUGAAGAGAUGUACAAUCUUGGCGAUAGCUCCGAAGAGGACAAGAAACCCGUUAUCAAGAAGCAAUCCUCCUCGGGCAGUGAUGAGGAAGGCUCCGAAGACCACUGA